AUGAACAGUAUCACUUUAAGUCACAAGCCGGCACAGUUCCACCAUGGUCUGAGGACCCGAGACCUACAUACAGACUCUCUGGUGGUGGCGCGACAACUAAUUAGGACAGCGGACGAGUACCUGCAGACGUCCACCCUAGACAGGCGUCUGCAAGAGGAAGCCCGUCGCGCCAGCUCCCAUACAGGUCGAGCAGUACAACGCCCUCUAAGGACCAUGACUAUUCCACACAUGGGACCCGGCGAGUGUACUCCAAGGUCGCAGAGUGCCGCAGAACUCCGAGUUUCCCCCGAGGCUGGACGUGAGUCUACUCUCUCCUCCAGGGUCGGAGGCGAACACUCGGGGCUAGGCAAAAGGAGGCAUAAUACAGAUGACACGAUGCGUGGGACCGAGCCUCCAUCAAUGAGGCCACGAUAUGACCCACGACCCGGACCAGUUACUCAUAGCUUGUCUCAGCGGUCGGUGGAGCAUGCCCCAACCCAGCCUAAUACAUAUUUCAGGUUUCUGGUAUGCUGCGCUCCGCCCGAGGACAUCGAGGCUUGCGUCUUCUGCGGUUCGGAAGCGCACUUCAGCACUGAUUGCGACCACUACCCGUACCUCAGCGAUGGGGCACACCGGGCAGAGAGCUUCGGGAUCUGUUGCAACUGCAUCAAACAGCAUUACGGAUCUUGCAUUGCAAGGACCUGGACCUGCACCUGGACCAGGAUCUUGCAAGGACCCCUGGAGCAUAUGCAAGCAGGAAGGCCACCACAAGUCAUUCUGUAUCCGUAA